CAACUGUCAAUCCAUAAUUUGCGAUUCAGAAUUUAGCAAAUGUUUAGAACGAUUUCGCAACGUACUCGUGUUUUUGCGUCUCGUAAUUGUUUAGUUUUAGGUGCACCAUAUAAAUUUAUAUUCAGUAGCAGAAUGGCGGAAAAGAGUGUGGAUUUUACAAAUUCAAACAAUAUAGAGAGCAAAACUCCAUUUCUUAUUGGGGUAGCUGGUGGAACUGCUAGUGGCAAGUCAACAGUAUGCCAACGUAUCAUGGAGAAACUUGGGCAACAGCACAAAGAGCAGACAGAGCGGCGGGUGGUAUGCAUCAGCCAAGACUCCUUCUACCGUACCCUGGCGCCUUCAGAAAGGCUCAGGGCCGAACGGGGCCAGUUCAACUUCGAUCACCCCGAUGCAUUUGAUGAUAAAAAACUCCUGUCUGUGCUUAGGGAUAUUCUGGCGGGAAAGAAGGUCGAGGUGCCAGAAUAUGACUAUAUCACAAAUUCCAUCAACCCGCAUCGUUCGCACACAAUCUACCCGGCGGAUGUGGUGCUAAUCGAGGGCAUACUUGUCUUCUACUUCCCGGAGGUGCGUGAGCUGUUCCACAUGAAGCUCUUCGUCGACACGGACUCGGACACGAGGCUCGCCAGGAGAGUACCACGAGACAUAAUGGAGCGCGGCCGUGACUUGGAGCAAGUACUUAAUCAGUAUAUGAAUUUCGUGAAACCAGCAUUCGAAGAAUUCUGUUUGCCGACUAAGAAGUUUGCUGACGUCAUCAUCCCCAGGGGUGCCGACAACUUGGUGGCCAUUGAUCUCAUUGUGCAACAUAUAUCGGAGUACCUGAAGCGGAGUCUCGUAGACAAGUCGCUGACAGCGCACGAGUACGCUGGACUCUCCUCAUCCGUGCCGAGCAGCCCACAGCGCAGCGGGAAGAGCGGCAGACCGCAUUAGGAACCACUCAUAUAUAUUGGCUAUAUCUCAUACUAGAACGGUACAGUGGUGGCCCAAGUCCUUUAUUACACUAUCAAAAUAUAGGUUUAAUUAUGUAAAUCGUAGGUGCACGUAAUGCCCGCGGUUUUUCAGGUGUUAAUAGGCUACGGUAACUGAUUACCAUCAUGUGGGCUGUAUGCUAGCUUGACUCUUUAGUGGUAUAAUAAAAACAAUUUAUGAAGUUUUUAACGCACACUUAAUAUGAGCAAAAAUUUAAAAUUAUCUUCUAUGGCUUAGAAAUAGUCUAGUGAGAUUAUUUUUCAUACGUAUCUUGUUUUUGUUAUAUUAGGUACACACGUAUAGUUAUAAAUAUGUGAUAGUGUAAUAAACCUAAUGAAAACGGACUGCCGCUUGCAGAUAGAAAAAAUAUGUUUGAGAAUAAUAGACACGGACAUGGUAAAUCUCGGACGAUGUCACUUGUGUUCGCAGCACCAAAAUUUUAGGUAAUCUUGCGGACCAAACAAAUUACACCUAUUUUUUUUAGAAAAACGUGUUAAGAACGAUUUCUAAUAAAAAUAUGGAUACAUCCACGUCCUGCACAUGCCGGGUUUAAUUCGCUUUAUAAAAAGGUUAAACAAAAUGGCGGGAAGGCACAUUCACAUUAAUCAUAAUAGUAUAACCACAGAGUAUAAUAAUAAUAUAACCAGAGACUAUAUAAAACAAAUGUGUCCUGAUUAACGCAAAAUUGGCUGUUUUAAAAUUUUUUGUUGAAGUCGUGCCUUCCCAUGCUUGUCUAUGGGUUUGAUACAAUUGUCUAAUUGCACUGGUUUCCAAGUUUCCAACAGCUCAAAUUGGAGUACAAAGGAUGUACAAAUAAAAAAAAAAUCUUUUCCCCCUAUUUUUCAAAGAUUAGGAAUUAUUUAACUUGUAAUUUGUAACAUAUCCAUAGAAUGUUACCUAGUAACGACUAGUCAAUCGGAAUUAAAUUUAUAUAUUUGGAACUUUUGCUUAAUGGCAUAAGUACUUAUUCUAGAUAAAUUUGUCUAUAUUUCCUAUUUAUAUUUAAGCGUUUAUUGAAUAUUAGUAUAUAGAAUGAUAAUUGCUACACCUUUAAUUGUAUAUAUUUUCCAUAAUAUCUAUAAGUACUUAUAUAAAAAAAAAAAAAACUUUCUAGAGAUAUCUUUAGCUUUUGAAUCAAAUGUUACGGUGCUAUUCACCGUAUUUAUUUUAAUAGUGGUGCUGCUUUUCAUGUAAUUUUCUCGUGAUUGUAGUGUUAUGUAGUUUAACCAAUCUUGAGUAAUUGUAAAUAAAAAAUGAAUAGGGAAAUUUAAUUAUUAGUAGUAGCUAUUCAUCUAUAAAACAAUACUAAACUUACAUACGACGUACAUCAUAGAAUGUUCUAGUAAUUAUCUAUAUAAUAGGUUGCAUAUAAUUAAACGAGUUAUUCUCAGUUCCGAAUUAUCUCCAUAGACAAUGUAGACAGUAUCUAGGGACAGUAUCUACACAGGGCGAAAUCAAACUCUUAGUAACUUUUUAAACCCGUACUCUAUCAGUGAACUGGCCAUCUAGACGAGUGGCAACCGAAUUCAUCUAUGGAAUCAACAUCAUUAACGAGUUUGUAAGAAAGAGAUAGCAACGUCAGAUGUCUCAUUCCAACUCAUGAGCCCGCUUUCGGUUACGAUUCCAUCGAUGAAUUCGUUUGCUACUUAUCUAGGAGGCUUGAACUUUUAUUCCCAAAUGCUCGUAAACGAAAAAUAAUUUAAAGUAACCCUUAAGUCGAUAGCUUUAUGCACUUUUAAAUAUGGGUACUUCAAAAUGUUUUCACAUUUUUUACUCAUGAUGCAUCAGAAAAAAUGUUGUUUUACUGGUAAAAUACUUAACAUGUUGCUAAUAAUUUGUAAUUUAACUCAUAACUAGAAAAAAAAAAUGUAUUUAAAAUUUGGUAAUAUGUUUUCACAAUUAGUUAUAUAGUUACCGUUCCUCCUGAAGCAACUUAUAGCUAUAGAUGUUAGGAAAUUUAUAAUGUUUUGAUAAAUUAUGUAGUUACGUUACCUAUACUUUUUUAUUUCAAGUAUUUAUUUAAAGUCAUAUUUAAACAUUUUAUAGUAUAGAAUAAUAAGUGGAGGCAUAUAUUAUAUUUUUAGAGAAUUUGGGCUGUUAAAAUGUCUAGUGAAUGAAUUUUUAUUAGGGUUUUUACACUUUACGAGUAGUUCCACAAUAUACUAGUCAAAGUUUUUGCGGAUUUGCUUAAAAAGUCUUAUAAAUUAUUUUAAAGUAUAUUUUUUUAUAAAAAUUUUAUUUGUUUGACAAUGUUAUAAUUGGUUAUAUGUUAUAAGAAUGGAUUUAACUUAGACAAUUGUCAAAAAUGAGACAAUGAUACUAAAGUAAUGUACGAAUUCUCUACAUCAUUUUUAUAUUAUUAUUUCAAAUAAUUAUAUUGAAAUAAAACUCGACCCACUAAGGGUUGGUUUAUUUCUGCUAAACUACGAUAAAUGUAUGCUGUGGUAUGUAUAUUAAGAUAAAACUAUCCUAAGCAUAUCCAAUACACACACAUUUGCCUGUAUUUAUUACAAUAGAAUUUAAUUAAAAUUGAAACAAACAAAUAAUUGGACGAUAUAGGCCUCUCCCAUAAGGAGUAAGGGUGGGUAAUAGAGUGAACGCUCAAUAUAAACAAACUCUAUAAGCAACAUUCUUUAUAUUUUUCCCAGCUUAGUUAGUAAAAGAAAUAAGUAAAAAUAUUUUCCAGUCGGUAAGUAUUUUUAUACUCCUUUUUUUUCGGUAAGUAUUUUGAAUUUUGAAUUUCCUAUAAGCAAUUUUACCUAAUAAGAUUUGUUUUUAUUGAAAUUGGUUCAAAUUAUUUGUUUAUAUAGAGCGUUCACUGUAUAUAGCAUUAUCUAUACAUUGUAGUUACAAUGUCUAUACAUAUAUUGGUGCAAUAACCAAUACAUAAUAUAGAAAAAAAGAAAGAAGAAGAAAAUAAUAGAAAACAGUUUUACAUUUAAUUCUUUUGAAUCAAACUACAGUGACGUCCCCUAUAGAUUACAUUAUUUUUGUAUGAAACGUUUGGAGUGUGACAAUUGGCAUUAUAGUAACAUGCCUCAUCCUUCUAUCCACAUUUCUCAAUUAAUCUAUAAAUGUCGAGUCGAUGUAGCUACGGUCAGCAUCAAAAGUCUAUGAACGCUUUAAGAUUAUCAAAAUCUCUGUGCUCCGUCGUACACAUAUCUUAUUAUGCACAUUCGACUAAUUUGAACAUUAUACGAUGCUCAUUAAAUUCUAGCUCUAAUUUUAUUAACAUACUAUGUACGCAGACAUGUUUACGGGUUUUAAAAAACAGUGAGUAUUUAUCAACUUUUGAUGCUAACUGUACGAUUCACAGACUACAUUCUUAAACUGGAUACGGCUUUUACAAUAUUAUUACAUAGACAGUAAUUUGCAUAGUGACAAUGUUCGUGUCGUGUUUUAUUUCUUUUGUAAAUUACAGUCACUGAAUGUAUUAUAUAGUGCAUCUUUCUAUGAACAUUGUUCAGUCGAGUUAUUGUGAAAUUGUAUUUACUCACAAGAUCGUCAUUGCCAUAAAAUACAUUACGUUUUCCUGCAAAAUGUUUAAAUUUAUUAUACGAAUAUUAUUUAAAUAUACAAAUUAAUCUUCAUCAAAGAAAAAGUAUUAAAGUUAGAUUUACUCGAUUCUACGAGCCCAAAUGAUGCUCAAACUAAAGAUCGUAUAAGGUUAUGGAUUAUAUGACACAUGUAUUAAUCUUAAUGAAAUAAAUAAAUAAAUUAUUAUUAAUAUUAUUAUAUAAAAAGUACUGUAUAAUAUAUAUUAAAUAUCCUGAAGCUUGUGAAAAGCACAAUGAUAAGUUAAUUGAGCAAGUAAUCACUACUAUAAACCCCAUCUUUGCAACGCGUAUUUCAAUUGUAGGCCAUAGACAACGGAUCGAUUCUAAGACGCCAUUUCUCUAAACUUAUUUUUUAAUCUAAUAUUUUAAUUUGAUAAUUUUGCCAAAUUGUUAUUUACCACUAUAAACUAAAAUUAUAAUAAAUUUGAUUUGAAUCUAUAGUAACUGCUUCAUAUUGAUUUUUACUAUAAAAAUUUCGCUGUGAUAUCAAUCAAUUAACCUAUUUCUAAAAUUGAAAUUUCAAUUGGAGAAUUGGUGUCUCAGAAACGUCACAAAUGUAUAUAUUAAGUAGUUAUAGUUAUAUGAUACAUAAUUUAUAACUAUACACUGUCUUGCAAUAUUUCAUUUUAUUAUAACGUAAAGUUUUAAGUAUAAUAUUGUUAGAAUUCGAGUGAUCACUUGAGAUAAAUUAACAACUAUGCGCACAUUUAUUUAUUAGAUAAGAUGGAUAAGUUGGUAGUGCCUAUGUUUUAUAUGUUAUAUUAUCAUCGUGUUGAAUUUUUGUGAUUUUGAUGUUGUUUGAAAGUCUGUUUAUUGUUGAUAGAGUUUUAUUUAUUAAAUGUUUAUUUUUUAAUGUAUUUAUUAAAAAAAAAUUGUGCCUGCUUCAUUAUGCCAAAGAAUUUAUUAAGUUAUUUUUGUUUCCAUUAUAUAUAUUAAUAGUUCUAGCGUUCACUGUUCAUACAAUUAUUUGAAAAAUUAUAAAAGAUUACCAACGUCCUCUCACGUGAACUAUUGCAAUUGAUAAAUUCGAAACGGAUGUUUUGUAAUAGUGAAAUAUGUGUCUCUAAUCGUGACAAUAAAAAGUACCAGUGUCUGAGACGCGAGUUCAAACUGAAUCCCUUUUAAUUAUUUCAAUUAAAAAUGUAUGAAUAAUGAUCUAUCUAGCACAGGGGUCGGCAACCUUUUGACUCAGUAGAGUAAAAAAUUACAAUUUAUAAAUUUCAAAGUUUUUAAUGAGCCACAAAAUUUUUUGCCAAUAAUAAAAAGUUGCAUAUGUAAAGUUUGGUGCCUAUUCCGUGUUAAUCGAUCAGAACGAUUUAUAAUUUUUUUUUUAUUAAAUAAAUAUUUGUCUAUGGAACUAUGGAGCCGCAGCUUCACAUCGAAAGAGCCGUAUGUAGCUUACAAGCCUCAGGUGCCAACCCCUAACCUAGCAUUAUGAACAAAAGGCCAUAAUUUUAAUGCUAUAAAUAUACCUAUCUAAAAUAACAGUAGCGAGAUAUAUAAACAUCAGGGGGGGCCUACCAUGAAAUGAAAUUCCGAAGUUUCGGUCUCAAUAUCGUGUUCUCGUUCAUACCUAAUACGGCGCAGUAAAUGGAGCUUAACAUUUCGUUCCUCAUAAAUCCUACCAUAAAAGUUCAAAGGAUAUUAAUAUUUUAAUAUUUUUAAACGGUAAGUAUUAUGUAAUUUUACAUCAAAUUUGUGUUUCGUUCGGCUCCGAAAUUUCGGAAAACAUUUUUAUGGUAGGCCUUAAAGUUUUAAGAUAAAAGUAGAUAUUCGUUUCAAUAUAUUUUGUAAUACUUUUACCUAGCAAAUUAAAUAAAAUCAAAUAAGGCUUCUUAGCUAACUAGGGCUACAUGCAUUCGUUGCUUCAAUCAAUGCCUUGCUAGUAAGCAGUAAAUAUAUGACGUAUUUCAACUUUCAUUGUAAAUUUUACCAAUUGUGAAAGUAAACAUAGUAGGGAACCCUAUGAGCACUUUUUUUUUUAAUUUGCCUUUUUUGAUGGGCGAAAAUGGUAUAAUAACCCCGCCUGCGCCUACGGGAUACGCUGGCGGAGCACCAGUGAAGGGUGAUCGAUGAGAAUGAAAACAGGCCAGUUAGCUCAUCAUGAUGAAUUCAUUAGGAAUUAACCAUGAUAGUUUCCAGGGAGAACCGGGAUAUCGAUCAAAUAUAUAAAAUUAUCUUUACAAUUUGCUCUCCUAUUAUAUCAUGACGACAAAAUUGUGCUACGCAUAUUGUACUAUUGUUGUACCAGGUUGUCUGUAAGAGAUUGCUUUUAGCGAUAAGGCCUCCUUUUGUAUAUGCACAUUCUGUAUAAAUACUCCUUGUAUACAUCUCUACUGUGCGCAAUAAAGAGUUAUAUAGACUAUACUACGGUAAUUAUAAAGAUGUUCACUCCGGUCUUAUUCGUAUGCGGCGGCUUUAGAAUAAAAUAGAGACUACGCCAGGGGGUGAAUUAGAAGGCAUUGAUCUCCCUUCCCUAUUAUGCGCGCCCCGCAGAUAUAAAAUCUUCUCAGGUAGCAAUUAUUCCUAAUAUUGACGUCGAUUUUCAGUCGGCGACCCUAAAAUGGUUUAAAAGUGACGUCUUAUUUGUAUUGCAGACGUCACCUUGCUCCGUGCGCCCUCUAGUGUUACACUACGGAGCAUCGCGUACGAAUUCUGUAGACUUUAAUAUAUUGUUACUCAUCUCUGUAUUUCAAUAGACACUUAGUUUGCUUACCCAAGUUGUACAAAAAAAAAUGCUAUUUUAAAUAAUAAAGCUAUUUUCUUUUAA